AUGGCUGAGCCAAAUCUCUCCCCGGCAACCUUCGUCUCAUACGAAGAGCAAAAUCAGUGUCCUCUAUUUUCAACGCUCCCUGCAGAGAUCCGCUAUGAUAUCUUCGCCUACGCCCUGACAGCUGCCCCCGAUAACACCCAGCCAAUUGACCAAGAGGGCUAUUGCACUCGGCCGGGGUACGAGACUCGACACCGAACAUGGACUGAACUGCUUCGAACUUGCAAAAGAAUUUACAUGGAGGCAUGGUUCAUGCCUUUCCUCUGCUCGGAACAUGCGUUCUUCAUGGCGAGUCGCGACCGUUCACAAAGCCGAGUUAUCACAGCCGGGGAAAUGCAGCAGUGGCUUGACCUGAUUCAUCAACGGCAUGGCGAAGUGCAGGGUGGACGUAUUCGCAUCUUCGCUCAACUAUGGUGCCUUGAACAAUCUCGCUUCCAGGGAAUUUUCAAAAUGCAUAAUUUCAACCCUAAGACCGUCACUAUCACCAUCCGAUAUACCGAUACCUGGUUCUGGGAAAAUAAUGAGCCUUUGCGUAUAGCCGGAGCAUGGAACCGAGACUUGAUCUUACCGGCGAGCGUGAGGAACUUCAAUAUGGAGAUCGAAAGCAUUGAGCACCGUAAAGCAGAGGUGGACUAUAUUGCGAAUGAGGCAGCAGAGAAAUGGUAUUUCAAGCGAGCAGAUGAUUGUCUGAUGGUUGCAAACAAAUCCACCGUCUCUGUCUCUCGAUGGACAGGCUCUUCCGUGUUGGGAAAGCAGCGCUGGAUUCGGGACGAGGUCCGGCCUGGCCAGAUCGACUACUAUGUUGCGACGGUGAGUUGGCGACCGAGCCGAGAAGCCAUAGACACUUGUUGGGGACCCAACCCGAAACUGCAGGUAAAUUGGCAGACUCCUCCGCUGCGGAACUUGGGUGAGGAGAGUCUCCCAGUUUAUGAUUUGCAAAAAAUCAAUAUAUCUCUCGAUACCCCUGCCGAGGAAGCGAUUGCACUGUGGGAGGCUCAAUACGUGACCAGUGAUCAAGAUUCCAGUGAAGGAGAGAUUGUUGAGGAGAGUGGUAAUGAGCAGAGUGAGGACCCUAGUGAUGAGGAUUGGGAUGAAAGUGAUUAG